AUGUGUUUACCUAAUGUUUUAUCUAACAAAUCCCUUGCUAGCGAUCCUCAAUUCUAUUUAAACCAUGAAAUUUUAACACAUGUACAUUGCUGUUUGAAAAUUUUACAGCUUGCUUUAAAAUAUCUUGAACGUUCACCACUGAAAAUGAAGCAAGUUAUCGCUAUCUUUCUGGGCAUGUUGGGCACGAUUCUUCUGGUCGACGGGGCUGAGGUACCUAUUGCCAAGUCACAAACCUGGACCUGGUCCCAUGAAAUUCCUGACGGGGGAAUGUCAGUCAGGGCGACCAUUCGCAGUGGAGGUAGUGCUACAGUCUUCGUUUCCUACUCUGGGCCAGCAACUGUUGACGACUUUGACGAGUUGUACUUCUUAGUUGAGGGCCUUCAAACUGCCAUGUACUUUCCCAAGAAAUCUGACACUGUAAAUGUUUUGGUGAGGGCAAAUGACGAUUCCGAUGUUUUAAUGGAAGCCUAUUGGAAAGCUGGAGAAUUGAUUGACUGUGAUUUCAACUUCUGUGCCGAAAAUGAGAAGUGUUGGCCGUUCUUUGGUGCUGGCCUCGUUUGCUCUGCUGAAUAA